AGAACGACAUCACAGCUCACCAAACCCCCGCAUGAUAUUUAUAGAAAAAAAACUCUGUUGUCGAUCAUACAUCAGGUGAUGUUUUGUCGAAAACAGGACCGCGAAUUGUUUUAUAUAAUUUCCAGCUCACAAUCUUGGGAUAUUCUCACACACUGCGUCGUAUCUACACCGUCUACUCUUCAGCCGCUAUGUCCAAAGAGCGGUGUCUUGAGAGAGAAAGCAGAUUCGUCGGAAAGAACGGAUGGAGAAGCCACUGGGAACUUCAGAAUCCUAUCUUUGUACGACACCGACCCGAUUUGCCCGAUUCUGAACUUCCGCCAACUCAUAGUACCAUGUAGUUGGGCUUGUCCCAUCUGUGCAACAGAGGCGAUGCUGCGAUACGUUGCUCAUCUUGGUCCAGCCGCCGUCAGAACGGGAUCUCGAGGUUGUGUUAGCAUCUGUGUCGCGCUGAGCGUGGUACUGAGGGGUAAGUGCCAAUCUGUACUCCAGCUUCUCUACCUUCAAUAUUCCAUGGGAAGCUAUCGCCGAAAACCCAAUCUCGCAGCAACACCAUGAAAGAGAGACAACCAGACUCGAGAUAUACUCAAGUCCGGCCCUCCUGUUUAUCAGGAACGGUGGCGCAAAUUGAUGGCGGGUGGGCGGAAAGACGCAAUGGUUCGAUCUCGACCGUCCCCAGACCCCUUGGCCUGGGGUCGGGCGACCAAUCCUGUGGCUCGGGGACGUUGCACUCGGCGCCACAGAGCGCCUAAUGGCCCGUGCUGGCGCGUCCGUCCCUUGUCAACCCAUGUCUCCCGACGCCAUCUGAAACGGCUUCUGUUAGGGACCGAGAAUCUCCUACGACACUGGACAGCGUCUGCGCAAGCCCUCAUACAGGCUGAAGCAGGCGGUUGACUCGCUGUGGUGGAGCAGAAUCAGCUGUUUCUUGUCGCAGUCAAGCCCAUUUCUCUUGGUGCAUUGUCGCCCGGGCUGGGAGUUUGAAGCACAAUCUGGCAUUGUGGUAGGCUGAGCCCGUCUCAGUUGCGCUCCCUUUGGGGUCACCUCCUCCACUCUGCCAAGGUCCCUUCUCACCAUCUCCCUCUCCUUUUGCAAUCUCUCUCCUUUCCGUUUCCCAUCUUCCGCUGGGGAAAGGGUGUCCUAUCUUAAUUUUUCGUUGUCGUUUGUUGGUUGAGGCUAGACCCUCACAGUCUCUCAUUUUUUCUUGUUGCUUGUGUGUUCUGUCAUUCCCUUUGGGUCCGCCUCGUGUACGUUUCGACGACAAUUGCUCGCGCCGAGAGCCGGAACUCGAGAAAACCUCCAUCGCUCGAUGCCGAGACACGAAAUCAUCACCAUUCAACUUCGAUUCGAACCGUUAUUUUAAUCAACAUUUUUUGGGGGGGUGCUGGGAUUUGCAGGUCGAUCUCGCCCGUGUACGCUCAUUGCAAAUAUUUGAAAACCACGUAUAUACAUAUCACAAAGGACGAGACAAAUCGAAAAGGGACGCUGGCCGUCAGUUAUAUACCGAAAAUUGAAAGAAGAGACCUUGGAGGAACCGAAAACCGAGCUAGUUCCCCGAAAAAUAGGUUGCUCGCGAGCAGCCAACACACAACAACAAGAUGGUGAACAAAGUACAAGCAGCCUACGUGGUGGCAGACGGCCUCUUUCUUCUGAUGGGCAUCUUCAUCAUCGGCUUCUCAGUAAUCGUCGGGAACAUCAGGGAUGAGAUUCCAGAAAACGGGAGGCAGGCGGCCAGAAAUCUUCUGUAUCAGAGGUUUCCCCUUACAGCGGGCAUCGUGAAUGCGGUCUUCAUUUUCCUCACAUUUAUGGUCACCCUACCAGGGCUGGCGACGCAGUCUCGCGGGUGGCUCAAGCUGGGUGCUUACAUGACGACGUUUUGCGGGCUCUUCAGCAUGAUUCUUGGGUUGUUCCUGUGGAUCUUGACGCUGAAGACAAGAGAGGAUUUUGCGCCGCUUUAUUGGGCGCAACCGGCGAAUGUCCAGCAGCUUAUGCAGGCGGAGUUCAACUGCUGCGGUUACUUCAACAGCACCUCCCCCGCGUUCGUCACUGAUGCGACCUGUUCCAGCCCAGCGGCCGCGGCUCUCGUGCGCGGCUGUGCCACACCCAUCACCUCGUUCGCCAACAUCUUCCUCGACAACAUCUUCACCGCCAUGUUCGGCAUGGUCGGUAUCGACUUUGUGUUUGUCAUGGCGACCGCUUGCCUGCUCAAGGACCGCAAGGAGAGGGAGAGGUUCAGGCAUAUCGAUGAGAAGAGCGGGUAUGGGAGGAUUUGAAGCUAUUUUUUCUUUCGGCAAUGGGGGGCUGAGCCGCCUGGGCCGCCACGACUCGCCAGGAUUGAGACGAUGACGAUCGAACAUGGGAUGGAAAAAGGGUCCGCUUCUGGGUUUGCGGCUGGUGAAAAGAAGAGAGGGAGGAGAGCGUGUGGCGAGCAGCGGCUUUUUGCACACAUCACACCAUUCAUUCUUUGGCAGCAUCAUUGUUGGGCUGCAAAGUCUUACUUUUUUUUUUUUCUAGCUUUAUGUUACAUACCAUAUACCUUUUUAUCUCUUUCUCAUUUUUUCAGUUGUGAAAUUUCGGUUCAUGAUCCCCCCCUGUAUCGUUUAUAGAUGUUGUCUGGAUGGUGGAUGGUGCGUGUAGCUGGCUGUCUGCAGUUGUAUAUAAUUAUGUGUUUAGGCAAAUUACAUCUUUAUGU